GGAAAUCCGUCAGUGUGAUGUCAAAGGCGGUGGACAGCAGAGAGGCGGAUCUGAAGGAGCCCAGGAUAGCCAACUUCACAGCGUGUCUGAGCAAAAUGAAACAUGGAUGAGGAGGUCGUCGAAAGUUGGGAGGAAGCUGCUGAUAGUGGGGACAUGGAAAAACGGUUAGAAGAGAAGCUAAGGAUCAGCCAGAAAGAAAAGGAGUCCAGUAAUAAUUCUCCACGAUCUCCAUUAAAGACAACCAUGGUGAUACAGGACGACUCUUUACCAGCAGCACCCCCGCCUCAGAUACGCAUUUUGAAGCGACCUACAAGUAACGGUUCAUUGGGAUCACCCUUGAAUCAGAACAGGCCUACACCACAGGUCAAGUCUCUGGCCCAGCGCGAGGCAGAGUACGCAGAGGCCAGGAAGAGAAUACUGGGCAGUGCCUGCCCCGAGGAGACGCCUCAGGACAAGCCCAACACUGACAGACCAGGGCGCAAUAACUCUACAUUGCCUUCAGAGGACACCCGAUCAAACAAUCACACUGUCGGGCAGCCAGCUGGCCUAGACGGCACCCAAGGGUUCCGACAGCACAGAUAAGUGGGCCCCGGGGCCACCCAGCCAUUAAGGGGAGAGAGAUCAAGGGCCACCUGAGAGCAAAGACAGCACUGUAUUCUUAAAACUUCCUUCAGUAUCAUUAUAACGGAUGGGCUGUGAGUAAAGCCGCACUUCUGCCCAACUCUUCCCACAAGCGGUUAUGCUGAACUGACGGGGAGCAAGGUCAAAUGGAAACGUCCUCUCUUCUCUCCCCACUCCAGUUUGUUAGACACUGUGAUUAUGGACAUCUUCUGGACUCACUGUGAUGAUCCCUUUAAGAGACGCCCCCUUACCUCCAUUUCUGUCCUCCUUCAGUCCCCAGGCGCCCCAUCUCAGGAUGCUUGCAAAGCGAAAGCAAAGACUUUGAGAGAGAGAGAGAGCGAGAGAGGAGGAAUGACGGGCCAUAGCAAAAUGAGAUGAGCUGGUUCAUGGGCAACAGCUUCUCCCCAGCAAUAAUAACAGACAUCACUUCUCACAUCAUAUACACAUGUUUUUAAUUUUUCAGAUGUUGGCUCACUAAAUUUUUAUCUUUUUGUUUUUCAUGCUUAUCUUUAAAUAUCUAUACUAGGGAUGCUCUGAUAUCUACUGAGUACAGAACACACACACACACCAUCAAGAACAUGUUCAUUAAAUCAGUAUUUAAUAUUGAGGGAGUUUUUUUUUUUAAAUGAACAUAAUAUUUGCAGUUUUUCUGAAAUAGGAAACACCUUUGUCUGGUGCUAAAAUGCAAAUUUUUGGUUUCUCCGUACAGUUAAAAUAAAGACACCCUGGGCUGCAGCUUGGGGUGUCAGAUCUCACACAGUACACUCACCACUAAUGCUGAGUAUUUGCCUGGUACCGGUCUGCUAACUGAUAUGUUAGCAUUAUCAGUGCACACCUAAUAAGUAAAUUUGUUCUUAAAAACUGAGGGUAAGGGUCAUGUAUGUCAAGUGGUAUAUCUGAUGAGUUCUGUUUACUUUUUUUUUUUUUUUUUUUUUUUUGAGCUUUUCAGAGGUCUUCCUUGGACUGUCACGUCAUUAUUUCUAUUGAAAAGUAAAAGCAAAAAAAAGACAAAUGAAAAGGAGAUCGUAGAAGUCAUUUUUAAGUAGCUUUUAUGCCUUUUUGUAUGAGAUGGCAGUGAUGUCAGACCAGUAUUUUAAUCAAAAUGAACCAAAAUCCUAUUUUAAAAUCAGCCUGUAUAUGUCACUUAAUUCAGAUGUCAUUAUUUGAAGGUGGUGCUGGCAGCAACUCAAUGGAGAGUCAGACAGGGGAAUGAAUUUACUGCUUUCCUUCACAAGCCUCUCCGUCACAUCUCCACCUCGUCAGCGGUGUGCUCGUUCCUUCAUGUCCUUUACUGACGUACAGUACGUAGGAACUCAGGUGCAAGUGAACAAGACUGAAUGAAAUGAACUAAGAUUGUAUUUUUCAUGUUUGAUUGCUCAAACAGCAAAUGUCCAUAUUAAAGUUUUGUCAGAAACAGUUUGUGGUGAAAUGUAACUGAAACCAUGUCCAAGAUGAAUGAAUGGCUGUUUUUGAAUUUUGUCUGUUUGCAUCUUGGUUAUGUAAGAAACUGUAACAUCACCCCGCGUGAUUGCUCAGUAACUGUUGGUCCACUGCUGAAAUGGAACAUGUGAACCUGAAAGGCACCGACUACCUAGCUGUCCAGGACCAUUGUGCCCAAUAGAUCAUUUUUCCACCUUUUAUUCGUUGAAACGGAGAAAUGUCAGUAAAGCCAUAUUUAAUGGUGCACAUCACCAGUAGAAAAAUACUUGUAAUGGUUUAAUUCAGCUUGUGCCUCCUGUAUCACAUCUUUACUUCCUGGUUCUUUUAUUACUGUAGUUCCAAGAAACUGAUUAUAACAGAGGGAGAUUCACAAUAUUGUUAAUAGUGAAGUUCAGGAACUCUAGUAGCAGAGCAGGAGACAGUUGGGUUUAGCUGAGCCCUGAGAGAACACAAACUGCCUGUAAAUACUGAUUUAAUAAAAUGAUUUGCAAAGA